UGGAUGAUGUGCUUACACCUUUCUAAAACUGAAGCCAAAUAAUAAUCGCUUUUUUGUCAAAAAAAUGAAUUACGAAGUACAAGGAGCGACAUUAUUCAUUGUUGAACUCUAUACAAAAGGAUAAUUACCCAGUUUGGCACCUGUUAAUUGAGAUAGCUUUGAAAAAAUAAAUAAAAAUUGAGGGUGCUUUGAGUGGUGGACUGGAUAUAGUCCUAGCAGUUUACAUUAUUGCACAAAUUGAUUACCUUAAUAUUCGAGCCUCUGUGGUGUUAGUUUUUUUCCACGCUUCAUUGGUGUAAAACUCUAUAUACCAAUGUCGUUUAUGGCAUGAUUCUUUCUGCUCACACUGUUCCUUGGCCAAUUGCUUUUGAAUGCUGCAGACACAACACAAGGUUGAAAUGGACAAAAGAGAUGGUAUGUUUGGUCCGCAAGUAAUGGCAGUGCCCCCAGUCCAGCAGAUGUCACGCCUUGAUCAGCCUUACCCACCCACAGUUGGAUAUCCUCAACCAGCAUAUGGGCAACCCUAUGGUUAUCCACCUCCUCCUCAGGCUCAAGGUUAUCCACCUGCCGGUUAUCCUCCGCCAGGCUAUCCACCUUCUGGCAAUCAGAGAACACAGGCAGAUAUUGUUUUGAACAUACAACUAGCUUCUUGUCUGUCUGUCCUUCUUCCUCAUUUUUCAAAUGGUGUCCAUCUUAAACCCUUUUUGCCUCGAUCUGAUGGUAUUGUGGAUCAGAGCAAUGAAUAG